AUGCGACUGUUGCAAAUUCUCCCGUUCGUCUCUCUGGGGCUAGCCCAUGCAGCCCCACGAAAAGAUAAUAAUGUCUGUGUCGUCAAGGCAAACGGUCACCAGAAGGACGAUGUCCCCAACAUCCUGCGCGCCUUUCGCGAAUGCGACAACGGUGGCACUGUGGUCUUUCCAGAGGACCAGUCUUACUGGAUUGCAACACGAUUGAAUCCUGUGAUCAACAACGUGGUGAUUGAGUGGCGCGGCAAAUGGACUCUUAGCGAUGAUUUGAGCUAUUGGCGGAAUAACUCGUACCCCAUCACGUUCCAAAACCACCACGCUGGCUUCAUAAUCACAGGAGACAACAUCACCAUUGACGGUUUUGGGACCGGCGGCAUCGACGGCAACGGAAAUGCCUGGUACAAUGUUGAGAAGGGCGACACACAGCCUGGACGCCCUAUGCCUUUUGUAUUCUGGAAUGUGUCGGAUGUCAAUGUCGACAACUUCUACGUCAAGGAUCCGCCGCUGUGGAGUCUGAAUAUCAUGAAUGGGACCAACAUGCGCUUCAACAAUAUCAUUUGUAAUGCAACUGCCGUAAAUGCGCCGUAUGGAGACAAUUGGGUGCAGAACACGGAUGGGUUUGAUACGAUGGAUGUGGAGAAUGUCCAGCUCACCAAUUUCUACUAUCAAGGCGGAGAUGAUUGCAUAGCGAUCAAGCCACGAUCGUACAAUGUCGACGUUCGCAACGUUACCUGUCACGGAGGGAACGGUAUUGCCAUUGGCAGUCUGGGCCAAUACCUGGAAGACUCCAGCGUGGCGAAUAUCAUGUUUGACCAAGUCAAGGUCAUCUCAUACAACGACGACAUGCAUGACAGCGCGUAUAUCAAGACUUGGAUGGGCGGCCAAGUGCCACAAUCAUCGUACGAGAGUGCCGGAAAGCCCAACGGCGGCGGCUGGGGAAGCGUCCGCAAUAUCCUGUUCUCUAACUUCGAGCUGUACGGCGCCGGCAUGGGCCCAGCCAUCAACCAGGAUAGCGGUGAUAAUGGUUCGUAUGCGGGCACGAGCAAGAUGAGCGUCUCGAAUAUCGCCUUUGUCAACUUCACCGGGUACCUGGACAGAGACUCCGAUGUGGUCUCGGAGGUUUCGUGCUCGAACGUGUAUCCGUGCUACAAUAUCGACUUUAACAACGUCGUCUUGUAUCCAACGGAAAACUCGACGACCCCAGGGACAGGAACCUGCGCGUACACUGCAGAUGGAGGCGUGCAUGGGUUGGAUGGAUGCUGA